AUAUAAGCACCAGCAGUGAUGGAAGGUCAUCAAGCACAGUAUUAUCCACCUCCAUCAACAUCGUCAUCACUAGCAUUAUUGCCACCUCAAAACCCUUCCUACCUUUUCCCAUCAUCCCCAACCUCAAUGAACCCUCCUCCUUUUCCAGAGCCUCAUCAUGAUCAGCAAGCCCAGGUUCCAGACAUUGACUGGAUCAGCCUUCUCUCUGGUCAUCAUGAUCAUCAGAUUAAUAAUAAUGAGCCUGCUGCUAUGGUGGAAGUUAAUAAUAAUGAAAAUAAUGUUAUUGAAGCUGCUCGGGAAGAAAGAGGUAGCAAUAAAAGGAAAGGUGGUGAGGGUAGGAAAAUUAGUGUGAUGAAAAAAGCGAGCAGGCCUAGGUUUGCCUUCCAGACUCGGAGUGCCGAUGACAUUCUUGAUGAUGGCUACCGCUGGAGAAAAUAUGGGCAGAAAGCCGUCAAGAACAGCUUGUAUCCCAGGAGCUACUAUCGAUGCACGCACCACACAUGCAGUGUGAAAAAGCAGGUUCAGAGGCUAUCAAAGGACACAAGCAUCGUCGUUACAACUUAUGAAGGAGUUCACAAUCAUCCAUGCGAGAAGCUGAUGGAAACCCUUACUCCUCUUCUCAAGCAAAUGCAAUUUCUCUCUAGGUUCUAAUUAAUUAUGUAUGCAUACAUAUAUAGCUAACUAGCUACGGCUUUUGCUAUAUAUAUGUAAUCUCUGUAAUUGUAUUGGCAACUUGUACCUCCUCUUUACUUGUAAAAAUAAAUAAAAUGAAAGAUGACCACACCAAUGCUAAUAUAUAUUCAUAUGGUUCUUAUGUUA